AUGUCAUAUUGUGGCUUGCUUGUUCCCCUGAUCGUCUACUUUAUCCUGGAGGUGAACAAAGGUUGCCAAGCAGAGAUGCUUCAACAGGUUUUCCGUGUGGAGCCAGAGAAUGUCACCAUUCCCGAAGGGGAGACAGCCAUGCUGAAGUGUGAGGUGGAGAACCCCUCUGGCACCGUGCAAUGGGUGAAGGAUGGGCUUUUACUGGGCCCCAACUGGAACAUCCCUCGGUUCCCCCGUUACAGCAUGACAGGUGACACAAGCAAAGGGAUAUACAACCUGCAAGUCAUAAAGAGCCAAUUGGAAGAUGAUGCCUUCUAUGAAUGCCAGGUUGGGCCCACAGAAAAAAGCACUGGCAUAAUUUCCCAUAGAGUGCAACUGACAGUGCUUGUUCCCGUCAAAAGCCCCCUUUUUGUAGAGUACGAGGCUAACAGCGUGGUGACUUGGAUUGCUGGCAUGGAAUACACCCUGCACUGCCAAGUGAAGGAUGCCCGACCACCAGCUGAGAUUUCCUUCUGCAAAGCUGACAAAGAACUGGCAGAUGUGACAUCUACUAUCCAACCGGGCUCUGCAGACAAACUCUUCAGCACUGAGGCCACGUUGAGGUUCACUCCCCAGAGUUCAGACAACAAAGAACUGCUGACCUGCAAGGCUGUGAACACAGUGACUUUAAUACCAGUCAUUGUCAGCUUCACCAUGAAUAUCCUGUUCCCACCUCAGCUGCCUGUCAUCAAGGGCUACACAGGAGUAGUGGUAAAAAACAAGGAACUGAAACUGACCUGCAUUUCUCCAAGUGGGAAUCCUCUUGCUACACUGCAGUGGCUGAAGAACCAUGAAGUGAUCUCCAGGAAUUGGGAGACAGAUGACACCAACCAAUUGUCCCGAAGUUCCUUGAGCCUGAAAAUUACACCAGAAGACAACAUGGCCAUAGUGAGCUGUCAGGCCCUGAACCAAGUUUUAUCUCUGCCCUUGCAGUCCAACAUUGUUCUGAAAGUGACAUUUCCCCCUGAGCAGGUGAAAAUCACAGGCUCCAGCAGCACUGAAGAAAAUCAAGAAAUCUUCCUGACCUGCUCCACUUCUACAAGCAACCCACCGGUGAUGCUACGCUGGUGGCUGGGAUGGAGAGAGCUCAAUGCUACCGAAACUGCCAUUUCAGAGGCAGAGUAUGGAGGAAUGGUCACCGUAUCCAAUCUGACAUAUAUAGCAUAUCGAGAGGACAAUGAUCUUCCCCUGAUCUGUGAGGCCUUCAACGAAGCCAUCAUGUACACCAAGAGUGCUUCGGUUACUCUUAGAGUAACAUAUCCGCCUCAGAAAAUCUGGCUUAAUGUGCCACCACCAGAGACAUAUUUUCGAGCCGGUGUUGAAAUCAAACUCAUUUGUUUUGCCAGCGGUGGGAACCCUUUGCCUCGUCUUGAUUGGUACAAGGUGACGUGCACGCUUGCUGGAGGAGUUCGAGUACAGCUACGGCAGCCUCAGGAGAGUGGAGUUUCGAAACCUUGUCCGGGGAAGCAAGACAUCAAGUUAGUAAGGGAAGGAGCAUCUUCAGCCUCAUCUGGGAAUAUCAUUUCCAAGGAGUUGGUCUUGAUCACGACUCCCAGUGACAAUAUGGCAACCUACCGUUGCAAUGCCACUGGUCCUCCCAGCACUCCCCCAAUCACUGCAUCUACUAGUUUGUUGGUCCAGUUUCCACCUCUGCAUGCCACCAUUACGGCGACAGACGAAAAGGUGAGACGUGGCCAAUCGGUGACCCUGACCUGCAAAUCAGGCAGCAGCAACCCUCCUGCUCGUCUCACUUGGCUCCAAGAUGGGAAAAGGCUGGUCGGCACCAAUUUAGGGCAGAGGAAAGCAGAAUACGGAGGAUUCUCCGCUUCCGAAAGGGUGACUCUGGUGGUGUCAUCUGCAGAUCACGGGAAGAGGGUGGAAUGCUAUGCCUACAGCUCUGUUCUCUUCGAAGGUGUGAACACCUUCUACCAGCUUACGGUGCUAUUUCCUCCAGAGUUCUCACCUGAGCAGACCCACCUAGUGCAAGCUGUGGAGCAUGGCUCUGCCCAGUUGCCCCUUUUGGUUUCUGCCAGUCCUCCUGAGAUUACUUAUCGCUGGAGUUUCCUUGGAGAGAUGAUCUUAACAGAGGGUUCCCCACGCUACCACCUGCGGGAUGGUGGAUCUCUGGAGAUCUGGAAUGUGACUCGAGCUGAUGCUGGCAAAUACAGGAUCCACUGUGAGAACGAAGAAGGACAAAAUGAAACUACUAUCACUCUUAACGUGCAUUAUUCACCCUCCAUCCGCAGCAUUGCAGAUCCAACCUACGUGGACCUGGGGGACGCCGCCGAAAUUGUGUGCCAGGCUGAUGCCAACCCUCUACCAAAUUUCCAGUGGAGGUGGCUGGGCGAUUUGGAGCGCAGCCUGGAAGAUUUGGGUUUUAAACUAUUGUCUGAAGGGUUGUUGGCCACCCUGCAGAUCCAGGCAGCCCAACGAACACAUGCUGGAGUUUAUGAGUGUCAAGUAGAUAAUGGCAUCUCCCCAGCAGCCAAAAGCAGUGCUCGUCUGAUUGUGCGAUAUCCGCCAGAAAUCAUCAAGGGCCCCGGGCAGAGGAAAGUGGCAGCUUCCGGUGAUGGAAGAAGCCAAGCUGCGCUUCAGUGCAGUGCUCAGGGUGUGCCCACUGUGCUCUUCAGCUGGGCCAAAAAUGGGGUCUCCCUCGAUCUCCAAAGUCCCAGGUAUAGUGUGGUCACAAGCUACGAGGAUUCUUUACACACCAGCACCUUAACCAUUGCCAAUGUGAGCGCAAUGCUUGACUAUGCCAUCUUCACCUGCACGGCCAACAAUGAUCUGGGCACAGAUGCCUUUGACAUCCAGCUACUUAGCACAAGUCGUCCUGACCCACCAACAGGGUUCAAAGUUGUCAGUGUAGCUCAUAAUUGGUUGGCUUUGGAGUGGAUCCCAGGUUUUGAUGGAGGCCUGCAGCAAAGCUUUCGUGUCAGAUAUCAUUGGCCUGGGGCUCCCAGCUUCCUCUACAUUGACGUCUUUCCACCGCAAUCUCCAACUUUUACACUGACUGGCCUGCAGCCAAACACCCCCUAUAAUGUCUCUGUCAAUGCACGCAAUGCUCUUGGGGAGAGUGAUUUCGCAGAUGGGGGUGCGGGGCUGAGCAUCACCACAGAAGGUCAUAAUUUUCCAUAUUUCUUUCCAGAGAGAAUAGAAAUACCAGUUGACAAGGAGCCGGAGAUUCCCUUCUCAUCCGAACCAGAAAGUUCCAUCUUGCCACUUCCCGUUGUUGUGCUCCUCGGUGGUCUAGGAGGAUUUCUGCUCGUUUCCAACUUGUUUUUGCUUGGCUGCCUCGUCUUCAGAAAGAGAACUCAGACUCCCAAAGGAGACGGGAUUGAAGGAUCAGCCAGGGGGAAAGUGAGGUUUGGGAACAGCUACACGGUGAGCAAAUGGCUGAAGGUUGGUGGACAACCAGCACAGCUGGAGGGGUCCAGUUCAGAGGGCAGUUCUACUAAGACAUCAGCCGCUGUCUCUACAGCCACCACUGAGUCUAGUGUUACAGAUCCCAACAUCUCACUUCCUUGGAUGGGCCCUCAAGAGCAUCAUGAAUACGAGGAGGUAGGAGGUCCUAGGAGAUUGGAGGACAUGGGACCCCUGUAUGAUGAAUGGAACCCCAACGAUGAACCAUGGAUUAAUGAAUAUUCACAUGUCUACCAAGGAUUUGGAAGAUGGCCAGCUGCCUCCACAAAGACAGCACCAAUCUAUGACUCGGUAGCAAACUAUCUCCCCCUGGAUACAGAGCUGCCUUUUGAACAACAAGGGGAGCUGGUCUAAGUAACCUGCUCGAUGCUUCUCUGACCCACCAUCCAAGAUUGCGUUGUCUCCUGGUAACUCUUAAUUCCUUCUUUUUAUGCUACAUUCCUUAUCCAUGUAGAGAUGCUAAGUCCAGUGGUGUGGUCUUUGGAUGGGUUCACACA